AUGGCGUCGGACCUCGUCUCGUACGUGUCCAAGCUGUUGCCGAGCGCGAAUCUCUCGGACGUGCUAGAUGACCCUAUCAAGAAGAAAGACGUGUCGCUUGUCCUUUUGACAGUGCGCUCUCAGAUACCGCAGCUGCUGGCGCUUGAGUCCGAAAACGACGUUGAAGGGGCAUUUUCACUGCUAUUUGACUUAGUAGGACUCGCUUCCAAGCCCGAGCACGAGUUUCUGACUAUUUUGCAGACUCUACAAGCUGACAAGAAGGCCAGUAAUGUCCUACGUAUUCGGCUUCUGGCUGCGUUGUAUAACAAGGCCAACCGGCUGCCAAAAGUGCAGCUUCAGACGCUUCUGGAGAUUCUAUCGCUUGCCCAAAGCUCGGGCAAUGUGAACCUCAUUGAUCCGUACUUACCUCAAGUGGAGACGCUGGCGACUUCAGAAAUUAAAAGUCCGGCUGACCGUCGAGCUUUGCUGCUAGCUGUGGCGAAUGUACUAGACCAGAGUCCGGACAAGAAGUUAAAGGUGCUUAGUGUACUGGAACAGUACUUGGCAACAUACAAUGAGGGAGAGACCGACAAGGAGCAGGCACUGCGUGCGUGUAUGAUGGUGCUGCAGAACCCGGUAGCGAGCUUUUUGGCGCAUGUGGACUUGGCUGCUUUGCCAGUCGUCAAGGCCUCGUUACACGGGGAUCCCGUGUAUGAGCUGCUCGAGAUCGUGUCGACCAAGACGAUUAAAGAGUUUGUAGCGUUUAGAAACGGUGCGAAGAGUGUGUUUGCGGACAACGGACUGGAUGAAGCCAACGUGGCUGUUGCUAUGCGUUUGUUCACGCUGUGCACGUUGCCUACGGGUUUCCAGGCGAAUUCGUACGCUGACGUGGCAACGGCUCUGGAUGUGGACAAUGAAGAUGUGGAGCAAUGGGUCGUACGUGCCGUUACAGCUGGGCUUGUGAGUGCGAAGAUCGACCAACUUGCUCGUACUGUGACGAUAUCGCACUCGCUACAACGUCGUUUCGGGGACGAGCAGUGGAAUGAGAUGCAUGAAAAGCUGCAAUCGUACAAGAAAAACGUCGGUGGCUUGCUGGAUGUUAUCAGGAACGCCCGUCGUGCUCAGAAGGCUCAGUAA